GAAGGCGGGAACCACCCUCAGCAUGGAACAUUAAAGUAAUACUUGCCAAAGUCCCGCACUGAGCCUGCCACAAUAUUAUCCGCCAAGCCUUAGGUCAGAAGGGUCUGUUUAUUCCAAAAUCUUCGACAUUUUAGCACCUCUUGGGGCUCGCUAUCUCUCCUCCGCCGUCUACCCUCACGUCAGUGUUAGCUAUCGAACUAUUGGUCCCCGACUCACCUGCAUCAAACUCUCUUUCAUCAAAUAUCGAGAUGCUGCCGGAUAAUGUGUGGAGCGCGUGCCGUCAGUACAAGAGGGACACUCGGGAGGUUGCCUCUUGGCUCAGGACCACUGCCAAUAAUCUUGGCUUUACUUCGAGAGCCGCCACUCGGGCGCGUCGAAGAUCUCGCAAAAAAUCAGCUAAAUAUAUCUCAACAUACGCCGUUUCUACGAAGGAGUACAUAGCAAUGGCUGAGCUCAUUGCCGCCAAUAAAGAUCAGGUCGUUCAAGCCUCAGCGACCCUCCGUAUCGUUCUCGAUCGAACAAUUGAAGUCCUCGAGUUUUAUCUCUAUAUGAGAUCACGCCGUCCUGUAGAAAGCACAGUCAAGCAGAUUUACGAUACCGACCAAGCACCCCUCCUCGAGGCAUUGAAAAAGGUCCGCGAUAUUCUCGCAUCUCGACAUGCUAGUGGCUUUGCUCCACGGGGAGAGACCCCGGACAGUUCAGAUGAACCUGAACAUUUAUUAGCUGACCCCAAACGCGAUCGUGUAUUAGCCGCUAUUCAAUCUGAUCCUUUGCUAGCCGAUCUUGAGCUUGGCCCUGCGACUACAUCGUCAUCACGCGAAGAAAAGCAGGUAGAAGAUACGAGUAACCUAUCCGACGGCAUCGAGGACGACUUUCUUGCCAUUCAACUGUUCUUGUUGGAUUUGAAUUAUCUCCGAUCCGAGGUUACCCAAGCUUGGGACGGGUAUAAGCAGGGAGUGCUUGAUCUUGUCACUGCAUCCCUAGUGACAGACACCGCUGUCAGUUUUGCCUGCUCAUUGGAGGAUGACUGCAAGGAGCAGUAUACCAAACAUGGUGGGAUUUACGCGAUGCUUAAGCUCCUUUACAACGAAGAGUGCAUUGCUCAUAACACAACCCCGGGCGAGAGGGACCAACCGGGCGACAAGUUCAACUUCAAGAUGUACGAUACCAUAAUGAAUCUUUUUUUGGUCCCAUUCAGGCUUCUAACCGAGUAUUUGGAUGUACAGCGGCCAAGUAUGGUACCUGAUUAUGGAGGGAAGGAUAGUUCUGACUACGAUCCGAGCAGCGAUCGCGCAAGCAAGAAUAAUCGCCAGAGAUUUCUCGAGGACAGGCGCGUUAUGAUCAGGAUGCUUCCCGAGUUUACGGCCAUGACUUCAAUAUUCGAGCGCUCGCCAGCGGAAGACGAACUGACAGUCGGUAUACGCAACAUGUUCGAGACUAAGGAGGUCACUCUAUCAUUGGCAUUUGCCUCUCAACUAUUCAUUGAUAUCCACAAUCGACUUCGUGAUAAAGCUCAAGCCGCUUUCUUUAAGCUUUCCGCCGUAGCAUCCUUUACACGAAACAACAUCAAGGAAAACUUCCGCUUUCACGAGGGGUUACGCUCUAGCAGCUUGUCGGCGGGGUCUAUGAAGCAGAUGAGCAAGUUUUCGGACAAUGUCUUCAACUACAUCUUGAGAGAUCCGCACCGAUAUGCCUGCCAGACAUUGUGGGGGCUAAAACUUCCGGACCCCUACUAUUUUCUACGACAACAUCCGUGGGCAUCCGGCGUGUGGAAGUUCUACGUACAAACAGAGCUACACACAGGGAGCAUCUUCUUCAUGGGGGCUUGGGGUGCCAUUCAGUCUUGUGGACACCUGUACAAUGCCGUGCGCCAAGAAAAGCUUCUCGAAACUCAGUGGAUCGAUAUGAUCAUUCUCUUUGGUACAAACCACGCUAAGGAACUAUUUGUUGGUUACCCACCUUGGUGUCCAGAAGAUUACCUCGUAUGUCUCAAGAUGGCUAUAGAAGACUUUGCCGUAAACUCUGAACCGAGCUAUGAGACCCCGUUGGAAGACAAGACCACGACGUUCAAUGCCAGCUAUCCGGGCUCGUCAAACAUGGCGCCAGUCAUUCGGAAAUUCAAGGAGAGAUACUGCUCGGGAAAGCCUAGCCUAGAGCUCCGUGCCGAAGAUGUAGACAGCUUUAUCCGGGCGGGCAGGGGGCAGCGCCAGUUCGACGCAAAGGGUCAACCCAUGCCUUCAGUUACAGCCCCCGGCACCCUCAUUGGCCACGAGAACGACCCCCAAAGGGGAGUCCCAGCUAACCAGCUAUUAUGCGUCAUACGAGAUAGCGUCGAAAGUCAGAUGCUCGAGCUCUCGGUCGACUAUCUCACUCUUCACCGCGCUUGCUGGGGUCUCCUCCGAUCUAUCAAAGACAGAUGUCGUGAUCGGCUCGUCGAACUGUUUGGACAAGAAUAUAUUGAGGAUGAGAGCCAGCUUCCUCGCAUCGUCGAAUAUAUCUUUAAGGAGAGCAGUGAAAACGCCGAUGCUACGAUGCUAAAGGAUGCUGCCACGGUUAUUGAGGAAAUGUUGGAGACUGAUAUGGGAAAUGCCGUUGGAAAAUUGAUCAAAGAGAAGUUUGGGUUGCCGCUUGUGCUUUAGGAUAAAGAUGAUGGAGACGAUGGGUUGGGAUUGGAUUAGGGAGUGAGUACGGAGCGCCGUAG